AGAGGAAUCUGCAACUCCUCUAUCUUUUUCCUUCUGCAUACGUCCGUACCGGGGGAGGCGUUUCUUCGUGGUCUCAACCGCAGAUACAGAUGCCUACUUGAGUACCUACGCAACUACUUUGGGUACGCAUACACAAGUACUCUGCGUGGGUGUCUGCGCAUGUGUAAGAGUGACGAUUAUUAUGACACUGACAGCACAUCGAAGCGGAGUCUGGACAGAAAAAAAAGCCAAGCCGCAGCAGCACGCAACGCGCGCAGCACAUCAGCGCACACUGCAGAUGCAGAUUGUGGCAGCGGCAUGACACCCACGACAUACACGCGCGCAAACAGGGGUGUCGGGGAUGUCUUGAUGCUCAUCCAGGUGCAAGGCAACAGAUAUGUACCCGCGAUGAUGUCUCUCUUGAGGGAAGCAUGGAACCCAACCUGGGAGCCACGAGGUUGCGCCCAAUGUGUAUCCGUAUUAUGUAUCCGUAGGUGGUGGCCGUGUUGGCCCAGGCCCUUUCCGCCUCGUCUGAUGAUGUUUGAUGACCUGCAGCAUACCUAUCACAACGCAACCCGGCAGCAUCCUGUCCUGCCUUCCCGUGCCGAGAGCGAGCCCUACCUAUACCUAUACAUAGUAAUAUGUCUUCUGUAUCCGUACUAUGACAUAGGAGUCCAGCCUCGGAUCUUAUCCUUUGGGUAUCCGUACGGACACAACACUGGAGAAUGA